UUUAAUCUGUGCGUUGAAAUUUGCCAGCUGGGCGGUUCCGAUAUUUAUUUUCAUAGUUUAUAAAAUCAAAAUAGUUUCAUAAAUACAAAAACCUUAUUUCCUGCAGUUCUUGCCAGUCAGAACAUUUGCCACAACAUUUAAUGUUCGAACCAGUUUCUGCCGGGACGUGUACAACACAAAUAUAUAGAAAUCUUGCAGAGUGGAGCGCGCAGUCAGGAGGGAGAGGGCCUCUCUUUAUGGCAAGGAGUCACCAUGAAGGUGGAUGCCGACGCCAGAGAAGCGCCCGCAGCGCCGCCCGCCGCGCCUGGAACCCCGACCGCUAGUAAUACAGAAUCCCCUGUGUCAUCUCUGGACGAUUAUCGCUUGGCCGAAGUAAGUGAAACUAUACCGACGCCCGAUCGGGCGCUGUUAGCCAAGCUGGAGGAAGAAAACAGACGGAUUGAGGCGGACGCGAAGAGCCCCUCGCUAACAAACGUGCACAGUCGCAAGAGCUCGGACACGUCGCAAGUGUCAUUGGCCUCUGCAACUAGUUCGAGCCAUGAGCCUGAACCACGAGUUAGUACCAGUAGUAAUGGAGAAGAAGACUUAUGGAGUCUGUGGGGCCGGAUCGUUAGUCACUGGGAAACGGAAUGGAAGCGGCGGAAUCAAUUCGUCCGCGACCUUGUCCGGCAAGGCGUGCCGCAUCACUUCAGAGGCAUCGUGUGGCAGCUCCUCGCCGGAGUAGACACCUCCACUGAGAAGAAGCAGUAUGCUUCAUAUAUAAAAGCUAAAUCGGCAUGCGAGAAGGUGAUACGCCGCGAUAUAGCUCGCACGUACCCUGAGCAUGACUUCUUCAAGGAAAAGGAUGGUCUAGGACAAGAGUCGCUGUUCAACGUCAUGAAGGCUUACUCCCUUCACGACCGCGAAGUCGGCUACUGUCAAGGUUCCGGCUUCAUCGUCGGGUUACUGCUUAUGCAGAUGCCUGAAGAGGAAGCAUUUGCGGUGCUCGUGAAAAUAAUGCAGCAACAUCGGAUGCGGGAUAUGUUCAAGCCAAGUAUGGCAGAGCUGGGCCUCUGCAUGUUCCAAUUGGAGAACUUAGUUCAGGAACUACUCCCAGACUUAUAUGUGCACUUUCAGUCGCAAUGUUUCAACACGUCGCUGUACGCCAGUAGUUGGUUUUUGACACUAUUUACAACAACUCUGACUUUGCCUCUCGCUUGCCGGAUCAUGGAUGUAUUCUUGUCAGAAGGGAUCGAAAUUGUUUUUAAAGUAGCCCUUGCAUUACUCACUGUUGGUAAGAACGACUUACUGUCGUUAGAUAUGGAAAGUAUCUUGAAGUAUAUCCAAAAGGAAUUGCCAACAAAAGCCGAAGCCGAUCAAGAUGCCUUCAUGAAUCUCGCAUACUCUAUCAAAGUGAAUCCAAAGAAGAUGAAGAAACUAGAAAAAGAGUACACAGUAAUUAAAACAAAAGAACAAAGCGAUAUAGCGGUUCUAAGGUGCCUGCGCCAGGAAAACCGUCUGUUGAAGCAGAGAGUAGAGCUGUUGGAGAAAGAGAGUUCUGGGUUGGCGGAGCGGCUGGUGAGGGGACAGGUGGACCUGGCCGAGGGCGAGGAGGAGACCUUCGCGCUGGCUCGCGAGGUGCAAGCCCUCAGGCGGGCCCAUGUGGACUCUCAACAGCGGCUUGCCGUCGCUCAAGAUGAAAUACGCUCUUUAGAAAUGACUAUCGCUGAGAACAACUCGCGGCAGUCGUCUCUAGAGGGCAUUGAAGGCGGUGCAAGUCAAAAAGGGGAGGAGUUAGCUCGGUGCCUGCAACGCGAGCUCGUACGAGCAAGAUUACAUGCAGCUGAGCGGGAAGCCGCUGAGAGGGAGCUGACGGCCCGUAUAGCUGAACUAGAGAACGAGAACAAGAGUCUUCGUAGACAGCGGGUCGAUAAUAAUGUUGCGCAUCUACAGGAUGAGCUCAUUGCUGUAAAACUUCGAGAGGCCGAAGCAAAUUUAUCUCUCAAAGAUCUUCGUCAACACGUUACCGAGAUAUCAGAAGCGUGGCAACGGCAUCUACAGGAGCACAGACAAGAGGUCCCCGCGGCGCCGGUACAGUCUAACGUGGUGUCCGACAUAAUGGCGACGCCUAAGAAGUUGCUCCGCGCGUGGGAGGGACGCUCCGCCGACACACAAAAGAUGGAGGAGGAGCUCAUCAUGACCAGGAUACGAGAGGUCGAGGCCAUGACCGAGCUCAAGGAAUUGAGGCUCAAGGUGAUGGAGCUGGAGACUCAAGUUCAAGUAUCGACGAACCAGUUGCGUCGUCAGGACGAGGAGGCGCGCCUCCUGCGCGAGAACCUCGACGCGGCGCUGCAGCGGGAGCGCGCGCUGCUCACGCGCCAGCGGGAGUUCCAGCACAAAUACGCUGAUCUUGAGAGCAAGGCUAAGUACGACUCCAUGCAGGCCAAAUUCCGCAAUAUGGAAGAUGCGCAAAGGAUAGCGGAACUAGAGACCGAGGUUUCGGAGUAUAAAUUAAAGAAUGAGGUAAUGGCGACGGAAGGAGAACUUCGUAACAAUAUGGACGGAGAUUCGGACAGAGUGAGAGAACUGCAGGAGCAGGUUGCUGAACUGAAGGCUGAGGUCAUGAGGCUAGAAGCGUGGAAGUCGAGAGCUCUCGGGCACACAGAAAUUAGCCGCGCGAUUUCCUUCGAAGACGACCUGGAGGAGGACGACAAACUCAAACUAAUCCUGCGACGCGAAUCUUCCACAUCACUCGACCUCUCCGCGAUGUCCCGCAAACCUACGUAACGAACAAUCACCACAGCUAACGAAUUGUUGCCCUCGCUUUUACUAGGUACCUACUCUUCUAUAGUUAUAAUUUUAUUUAUAAGCGACUUGUGAAAUUCAUUUCUUAGUAAACCAAACUCGGUAAAUUAUGUUCGCUUAGUAAGUCUACAACAGUGUCUUUGAAUAUAAUUAUAUAACAACGUUUUAAAGUAUGUAGUUAUGCUAGAGUUUCGACCGAGCGAUUAAUAUAAGUAAAAGUUUAACGUAGCUAUAGAUCAAAAUACAAUCAAUAAUCUUGACCCGCUUAGAUUGCAUAGAGGAUACAGCCCAGUCUCGUGAUGCCAACUACAUAAUUAUAACCCAAGGAUUUUGACGCUCGAUGACGAGCGGGCUUUAUGGCCGCCGUUGACAUUGUACGUCUUCCUAAAACAGAACGACAGUUAACAUGCACUCUAAAUUGAUGCACCUUAGUAGAUUAUACUAAGAAUAAUUUAUAUGGUUGUAGUUGAGAUAUACAGGUAGUUUUAGUAUAGUUGUAAUUUAUAGAUAUUGAUUAUUGGGUAGAAUAUAAUUCUUAAAGGUACACGUGGUAAUAGGGAAUAUGAUAAAAACAUUAUCAAAUGAUGUAACGUGAGUAAACCGUUACAUCAUUUAAUAAUGAAUCAGUCUCACGAUAGUUAUUAUAAAAAAAAAAUGAUAAAAACAUUUUUAUAUCUACUGACAACCACGUUCAUACCUCUUCACGCAAAAUUGGUAGCUUUGAUCUCAAAAGAUAUAAACCAAGCCUAAUUAUAUUCGAUUUUUAAAGUAACUGAAUUUGAAGCUUUUAGAUGGACUUGUCUUGCUACUAAUAUUUUGUAAAAUUAUGUCAACAGAAAUUAUGUUUGGUAUUAUUUAAUUAAGGAUCUAUAAAUGGCUGGCGCCAAAAAAAGUAAUAUAAACAUGUGGCUAUAAUCUAAAACAUGUAUAUUAAUGUGUUAUACGUGUGAUCGAAUAAGAAUUUUCACAACUAAAACAUUUCUGACCAAGCAUUCCAACUUAUUUAUUUACUUUAUUCGGAUUUAAAGUAACCCAUUAGACUAAUGUUUCUUAAACAUUAUAAUAUGUUAUCGUGACUACUAAUAGUUUAGCUUUUAUUUUAGACGACGAGGCAGGGAAGAUGGUCUAGUAUUGAUGGCAAUAUUAUGCGUACUUAUUUAAUUAAUGCUUGUAUUUUAUUAGGUUUUAAGAAGAAGUAUUUUUAUAUGUAUUAAUUUAUUUGUAAAAUACUCAUUAUUAUGUUUCGUACAAUGUCUUCACAGCAUGUUAUUUGAAAGCUAUACCAGUUAAAAAUGCACUUAAGCAAUAAUAUGUCGCUAUUUGAUAGUCAUCACGGCUUAUAAAAGUAAUCGAGUAACUGUUGUGAUCGUUGUGAAACUUUAAGUUAUGUGCGGAACACUCAUUGACUGGGUAUUAUCAUUUUGAUCGCAUCAGUUUAUAGGGACCUAUGCUAACGUUUUUAAUUGAAUCAGGGUACUUUGUCAUCCUCUUCUUUGUGUUUCUUCAUCCAUUCUUAUCAUAUAAACUAAAGAAAAACGUUCAAUUAUUCAAAAAUUAGAUGUAAACUGUCAUUAGAUGCAUAUACUAGGCACGCUAAUAAUAUAGUGUCAAAGUGAUCAGCCUAUAUUAAACUGUCAAUUUUAAACUAUCCUAUACCUAAGAAGCAAGCUAAUCAUAUUGAAUUAUUAAAUAUCCAUUCCUGACAUGGCUAACGGACAACUUUCUUGACAAAGAGAUGUACUUCAGGUAUCAUUUAACGAAAAACUAUUAUAAUUUUAGUGAUGGAAGCUAAUAUGGAAUAGCUUUUCUUUUAUACACAUUCCUUGGGAACGGAUCUAAUUGUUUUGAGAUCUUGUUGGCCAAACAAGGUUUUUAUUUCCAAGAAGAAAGAUGUGUUAGUAAACGCAAUAUAAAUGAAUUUUACAUUAAUUAAAAGCAUGUAAGUAGUAGGUACAUGAAUAAAAUAAAAUCGCUACUACGAUGACGUCGACAUUGCAUGUUUAUAUCCUACAUUUAUUUUAUUUUUGUUAAUUAUGACAGAUUUAUAUAAUUAUAUUUUAAUAUAAUAAUAUGCGUUUUGUUACAAAUAACGCUUACCUAAUCGUAGCUGAAUUCUAGUUCUCGUUAUAAUUAAAAUGUUUUAUUAGUUUUAUAUUUUUUUCUCUUAUCAUUAUAGACACUACAUCGGCAGCUAUGAAGUUUUUUUUUUAUAACUGUAACUGUUCUAUACAACCAUUAGAUAUUUAGUUUUCAUUUGGUAGAAAAUUUAGCUGCUUUUAAAAAUAGAAAAUGAAGUAUUCCGAACAUUAAUUCUAGAGAUUUUAUGACAUAACCUAGAAGUAUCUCAUUUAAAAUGAUAUAAUAGAUAAUUGUAGAAAAUAUAGGUGUUUUAUAACCACGUAGAAUAAGGUAAAAUACAGCUGUGAAUCGAAUGCCACUCAUAAAUCAAAUAAUCGAAGCAUAAUUAAAUACCUACGGAAAUAAUGUAUGUAUUUGUAAUGUUUUUUACUUUUAUAAAAUUAAAUAGAAAAGUAUUUGUCUGUAGUGAAAAGUAUUCUAAAAGCAGCUUUAUUAUGUUUGCUCAAUGUCUUUCCUGUAAGUCGCUUGUACCGGUUGAAUGGAGAAUCAACAUGUAAAACAACAUGCCGAUUUUCAUAUAUUUUAUAACUAUAUGCACCAGUAUUUUUGUUUGUAAUCCGUGCAGCGUAUUUCCUUUGAUAUUUAAUCUCUUACACAAACUUCUAGGACUUUCGAUGCCAAGUUUGUCUUUUCUUAUAAACUAUAACACGGAGAUAUACUGCACCGUGUAAAGGCAUGACCACAGUUCUUUUUUUUAUUUUUUUCUCGCGUCUUUCUGUAUUUUCAUAAUGUGUAUUGGAAAGUAAAUUGAUAAUCUUGUAUUCCAUUUUUAUUAAAAAAUAAAGACUUGUAACUCA